AGCACCUGUAGAGUUUAAACCAAGGGAACACUAUACAAUCCAUCCUGCAGCUACACUUGGGGAAAGCAGAGCGCGUCGGACCGAUCAAAAAUGUCUCCAAUAAAGGACUUUCAUGUGUCUUACGAAGCUCUCAACCAAAAAGGCAUUUUUUCUCAAGGGGAUACUAUCGCAGGCACAGUCACUUUCACUUUGACAAAAGAAACCCAAGUGAAGGUGCUGGUGGUGAAAGCCAAAGGGAACGCUCAUGUACACUGGACAGAAGGCACCGGAGAUCGACGGAAAUCUCACAGUGCGCACAGGAGAUACCUCAAACUCAAAGAGUACUUAGUGCCAGAGAAUGACAAAGGUAACCUCCCUUUUGGAGCCAAUUGUUUUAAGUUCCGGUUCACAAUCCCACAGGAGGACAUGCCGUCAUCCUUCAAGGGGUUUCAUGGAAAUAUUGUCUACAUGCUUGAAGCAAAGAUGUCCAGGAGCUGGCGGCCAUCUUCUGUAGUACAGAAAGAGCUCAAGUUUGUGUCAAAGUCCUUAUCACACCCUGGCCAUGUAAUGUGUCCCCAGUCUGGUUCAGUUGAUAAAGACAAAGGAAAGGUGCAAAUGUCUGCUACUGUUAACAUGAAGGUUUGCUCUCCAGGUGACACUAUAACUGUUGUUGCCGAAAUUUGCAACUCUUCUUCCAAAAAAUUGAAGCCCAAAGUCGGUUUACAGCAGAAAACCGUUUACCGAGCCGGAGCCUCCUUUGAUAUCAGAGAGCAAAAUCUGUACAAAAUGGAGGGGAAUACUAUAACACCGUGCUCAAAGGAAACCUUUUCCUGCCAAUUGAAGAUUCCUGCCGAUGCAAAUUGCACCAUCCAAAACUGUGAAAUCCUCUCAGUUGAGCAUUACGUCAAGGUGUACUUGGACAUCAGUUUUGCCAUUGACCCAACGAUUAAGUUUCCACUGGUCAUCAUUCCUUCAAGCUUGGCUGCCCUUCAAUCUGAUCAGACUGUGGAGCCUUACCCAGCUGGAGCUUUUGGGGCCCCAACUUACACCGACUUCCCUCCCACUGCCUUCCCUCCCCCUGCCUUUCCUCCCCCUGCCUUCCCACUGGGACCCUACCCUGUACUUGCAGGUUCAGGUGCUUAUGUGUACCAAGCCCCAGAUCCCAGUCAAUAUGCAAACAUGACAAGUGGAUAUAAUAACCAGUGGCCACAACCGGCUGCUCCAUACGGUUUUCUAAGUGCUGCUCCACCCUCGUUUCAGCAGGGAAUAGAACCUCCACCAGACAUGUCCCUUUUCCCCCCUCCUCAGGACGCCAUUCGUAGGACUGUCUCCGAUUAUAAAAGCUAAGCUUCAAAAAGAAAACAACAAAACUAGUCAAACAAUACUGACAUCUCAGUAUAUCUAUUCUUUAGAGUUGUAGAUGUAAAAAAUGGGAUGGAAAGUUCUGAAGCAAUGGAGUCAAAACAAUGAGAACACAGGAGAGCUGGAGCUUGAUGGCAAACACUGAAGGUUUCUUAUGAAGUUCACAGCCGGAGAAUUGACAAGACAUUUGCUGAACACAAUGGUUGCCCGACCAAUUCUGAAGAUCUCUUCUCCAGUCAGAGGUUUUAAAUAGUUCAGAGUGUAGAGUAUAAUCAACAUUCCUCAUUAGCUAGAUUAAACAAGUAUGGAUCCUAAAUCUAGCUAAAGCUGUCAUCGAUGGCAAAAGAAUGUACGUUAGAGAACCUACGUUCGAGAUAACAAAGGCUCUAGAUGUCCCUAAACAAUAGAUUAUCUUAUGUCAGCUUGUGCUCGGUCAGAAACAAGGACCCAGUCAACAACAAAGCGCACAAGCUGCCCCUCAAAGGAGAUUACAGCACCCCAAGGCCGUUAGCCUAUGCCAUGGGAAAACAGUCAGAAGAAGGAGAAAAUGAUGAACGGUGUCAAAGGUUAAAUAAUAUUCAUUAACAAAAAACUAUAUCAUUUGUAGAAUUUGUUCUAAUGUACAGUAGAACCAGAAUAACCUGUGUUUUGAAUAGCUCGAAUGUAUUCCUGCACUAAAUGUAAUGCUCAUAGCAACAAUAAAGCUUUCUAACUUUAA